UUCAACAUCCAGCUCAUAUUUAUCAGUCGUAGGUUCUUUUUCUUUUUCAUUUUUUUUUGGGUGGGUGUUUUCGCAAACUAAACACACUUUGAAGCUUUCCUCUUUCUUCUUUCUCUCUCCAUCUUUUCUUUAAUAAAUUCUUCUCAGUAGCUACUCAUAGAAUCUCAAAUCUAGAGAGAGAAAACAGCAUAAACAGGGCUUUCUUUUUAGAGAGAGAUUGAGAAAACAAAAGAAGAGUUCUUCUUCUUUCCCAAAAGAGAUAAAACAAAGGAAAGAAGAAGAAUACCAUCAGAUGAUAAAGUGAGAGAUUUGAUCAUCCGAAUCAAACUUGGGUUUUUGUGAGCUUAAUUUUCCAGGGAGGGAAUUUACUUUUUUUUAUUUUUAAAAAUGUGGGAUCUAAAUGGUUCACCUGAUGAGGCAACAAGAGCUGCUAGAGGAGGAGGAGGAGGGUACGCCGAUUCAGAGGGCGGCUCUUCCCUUAAAACGACGUCGUUAGACGCCGAUGACAAGAAUUCCACCUCCUCUGCCAUCGUCAUCGACGACGGUGGUGAACGAUCCGACGGUGACGAACCUAGUGGCGACGGAAAGAAGCGUGCUAACAAUACUAACCCUACCAUUACCAACCGUCGCCUUUUCGGCUUUUCUUUUCUAACCAAUAAUAACAUCAAUAAUAAUGAUGACGAAGAUGAUGAUAAUAAUUCUUCCUUCUCCGGCGAACCGCCGGUGACACAUCAGUUUUUCCCCGUAGAAAUUGACGUUUCGGGUGGAGAUAUUGCCGGUACCUCCACCGGAAACUUCACUACGAUGUCCCAUUGGGAUGGAACACGGUACACAACGACGACGUCAGACACCUUGCCGGCUGCUACUACUCUAAUGGGCUCAUCUGGGAGUAAUAAGCCCACCGAGUUAGCCCAGCCCAUGAAGAAGAGCCGGCGUGGCCCACGUUCUCGGAGCUCCCAAUAUCGCGGCGUUACUUAUUACCGGCGAACUGGCCGUUGGGAGUCUCAUAUAUGGGACUGCGGGAAGCAAGUCUAUCUCGGUGGAUUUGACACAGCUCAUGCGGCUGCUCGUGCAUAUGACAGGGCAGCAAUUAAGUUCAGAGGAGUUGAUGCCGACAUAAACUUUACCCUUGAAGACUACCAAGAUGACUUGAAGCAGAUGGGGAAUUUAACCAAGGAAGAAUUUGUUCACAUACUUCGCCGACAAAGUACUGGCUUUCCUAGAGGAAGUUCUAAGUAUAGGGGUGUUACCUUGCACAAAUGUGGUCGUUGGGAGGCUCGUAUGGGCCAAUUCUUAGGCAAAAAGUAUGUCUACUUGGGGCUCUUUGAUACCGAAGUUGAAGCUGCUAGAGCUUAUGACAAGGCCGCGAUUAAAUGCAAUGGGAAAGAUGCAGUUACAAACUUUGAUCCUAGCAUCUAUGAAGAAGAGCUGAAAGCAGCUGGAUGUUCAACUAGCGGCGGGGAUGGUGUUGGUGGUGGUGGUGGUGGUGGUGAGCACAACCUUGAUUUGAGCUUGGGAGGAGGAGGAGGAUCAUCAAGCACUAGGAUAAAUACCGGUCUAGAUUUUCGAGAUAAUCCUACAAUGCAAGAUCAACAACAAUUUUCAAGCUCAAUGCAACUUGAGCUAAAUUGGCAAAAUCAAGGCUCUAGGCCUAAGGAUGCAUAUGGUCAUGAUCAUGCUGAAACAAUGCAACUCCUAAGCCAAACUCGGCUUCAAUCAUCUCCAACCUCGUUAAAGCCUAACGAGAUUUCAUCGAUGCAUAAUCGAUAUGCUGGCCAAAUGCCUGUUUUCGUUCCCCCUCAUCUCAACUCCUCGAAUUAUCAUCAUCAUCAUCAAAUUCAAUUUCCAAGCAGCAGUAAUGGAGGCAGGAUAGAUCUAAUGUUGUCAAACAACAACAACAUUAAUAGUAGUAUUAAUAAUAACAGUAACGAAAUUCGACAACACCAACAACAACAACAACAGCAGCAACAACAACAACAAUUACAAUUACAACAGCAGCACCACCAACAACAGCAACAGCAAUGGCAAGCAGGGAUUCAUCCCCAAAUGUUUGCUACUGCUGCAGCAUCAUCAGGAUUCUCACAGCAGAUAUCAAGACCCCCACCAAACUGGACGCCUCCUAAUACUGGCUUCCACCCUCUGAUGAGACCCUCUUAAAAAAAAAACAAUUAUCUAUAUUUUUUGAAAAAUAUAUAUAAUUUGUAAUUCAAUUUCAUCACUCCCUCUUUUCCCUAAUUUAACCCUUAUUAAGUUCAUUUUAUUAUAUCUAUGUAAUUAAAGCCAAAUCUUUUGUGAUUUGUUUUUUGGGCUUUUUUCUUUUUUGAUUUGGGGAGAUUGAUAUUAUAAAAAAAAACCCCAAAAAGAAAAAAGGGGAAAUUUUCCA